AUGGCUCCGAACCGCGAUUCUCUCACCACUGCCUCGCUGGUGGCUAGGAUUCCCCGUGGGCCGCCCAGCCCCAGCCAGCCGCGCUUCGGGGUGCGCGCUGCCAUGUGGGGUUUCCCGCUCCACGCCCGCGCGCUCAACGUUGGAGCGUUGAUCGAGUGCGCGCAGCCCUUGCACCCGCGGUCCCUGGACCUGGUGCUGGUGUUCGACCGGGACCGCCUGGGCCUGGCGCAUGGCAACCUCUCCCGCGUGGUGACGGACGCGGCGCUGCUGACCGCCAUCGUGGACAGCUACUUCCAAGACGUCGGCCUGCGGGUGCGGCUGGCGGGCCUCGAGCUGUGGUCGGGGCGGAACCGCAUCGACGUGGGGCCGGGCUCCCUGGCCGAUGUGCUGGGCCGGUUCCUGCAGUACCGGGCCAGCUCGCUGCAGCGGCGGCUCCCGGGCGACUGGGCGCACCUCACGCUCGCCGAUGCCGACGUGCUGACGGCCGCCACGUGGACGGCGCAUGCGCUGGGCCACGCGGUGGGCAUGGCCCACGACCGGGCACCCUGUCGGUGCCGGGGCGGCGACGGCGGCUGCGUGAUGGGCGCAGGCCGUGCCGGCUUCAGCGACUGCAGCUACGGCGACUACCUGGCGUUCGUGUCGCGGGGGGCCGCGUGCCUCACGGCCGCGCCCAGGCCCGUCGCCGCCUCCCCCGCUCCGCCCGGGCCGCGCUGCGGCAACAAGGUGGUGGAGGGCUGGGAGCAGUGCGACUGCGGGUCGGCGGGCGAGUGCCAGCGCGACCCCUGCUGCCAGCACAGCUGCCGCCUGGCGCCCGGCGCCGCCUGCAGCUCGGGGCUGUGCUGCCGCCGCUGCCGCCUGCGGCCCGCCGGACACCUGUGCCGCAAGGAGGAGAGCGAGUGCGACCUGCCCGAGUACUGCGACGGCGCCUCGCCGCGCUGCCCCGCCGACACCUACAAGCUGGACGGGACGCCGUGCCACCACGGGGGCCAGUGCUUCGGCAAGGCCUGCCGCUCCCGGUACAUGCAGUGCCAGAGCCUCUUCGGGCCCGGCGCCCGGGACGCGCCCCGGCGCUGCUACGAGGCGGUCAACGUGGUCGGCGACCAGUACGGGAACUGCGAGAUCCGCGGCGUGGCCAGCUACCGCGCGUGCCCCCGGGCGGACGCCGUGUGCGGCCGGCUGCAGUGCGUCGGGGUGGGCGGCGUGCCCGUCCUACCGGAGCACACGCUGGUCAUCGCCACGCGCCUGCGGGACGACAACCUGGUGUGCUGGGGCACCGGCUACCACCUGGCCAUGCGGCCCCUGGGCAUCCCGGACGCCGGCGCGGUCCCCGACGGCGCCCACUGCGGCGACCGGCGCGUGUGCGUGGGGAGGACCUGCGUCAACCGCACGGCCCUGGCGGGCUGCGCCUGCAACGGCCGUGGGGUGUGCAACUCCGCCCGGCACUGCCACUGCGUCUACGGCUGGGCGCCGCCCUUCUGCGAGGAGCGGGGCUUCGGAGGCAGCGUGGACAGCGGGCCACCGGGCCCCACGGAGGCGACCCUGUCCUCCAACGUCCAGGCCACGCUGCUCCUGCUGCUGCGCCUCGUGCUCUUCGCCGUCACCGUGCUGGUGGCGCUGUCCCAGCAGGCGAUCAUGCAGUGCUUCUCGCCCUGA